CUGGCAGCAGCAGCAGCAGCAGCAGCAACGGCAGCAACAGCAGCAAUGACCGCAGCAGCAGCAGCAAAUCGAAAGCAAAGGGCCGCUUUUCCACUUCGACUUACCUUCCGCAGGCAGCUGACAAAGCAGGAGCUGGAGCAGCAGCAGCAGCAGCAGCAGCGGCAGAACGGGGAGCAGCAGCAGCAGCACCAGCGGCAGAACGGGGAGCAGCAGCAACAGCAGCAACAGCAGCAGCAGCAGCAGAAACAAAUGUAUUGUUUGUGCUGCUGGAGGAGCAACACUGCCUUUCUGCUGUGA